AUGUCUGCAGCUAUGAUGGAAGGGACAACUCAAAGGUCUUCGGCUGCUGGACAGCCCACUCCUUCACAAUCUCGUUCUUCCCACUCUCGUACAUCUGUAUAUCAUAACAAAUCUGCUUCGUCCAAGCGCAGUGUCUCUAAAGAUCAUUCGCAGUACCCAUCUGAGCGCCCGCAACACCCGUCGCUUUCUCGCGUGAAGGGCAGAGACAAGAUGUUCACUCCGCCUCGAAUGAGUGCCGAGGUGUCGUGGCUGAGAGAUCAGUCACCGGCUCACUCUGGCCCAAGGACUCCUUCCCGCUCACGUGAAACGCCUGAGCCUGGAACACCUACAUUGGUGAAUCCUGCCUCUGCUUUAUUGCAAGAUCUCCUCAAGGAACAGCGCGCGCAUCGCAGCUCCCGAGGACCCAACUCAGACGAAUGGGAAGACGCUCCUCGAACUCCAGAGGGAAUUCGCGCACAAGACGAUACUGGAUCUGAAAAGGCCCGAAAGGUGAAUGACGUUUUUAAUGCCGGGUUGAGAAAGCCAAAAGAGAUGGGCAUUCGGGAAAUGGAUCAGUAUGUUUCGAAAAUGAACAAAUUGAACUUCGAUUUGAAACUCGAAGUGUUUCAUCGCGCCCAACAGAUGAGUACCCUUGAAAAGAAAGUGGAGCGAAUGGAAGCGAUGGAGGAAGAACUUGCCCGAAUGCAUGACCUGGCAGCUGAAGUUGAAGAGCUUCGCGCCACCAACAAGGAGAACCAGAGACUGCGAGAAUCCAACGAGCAACUCCGCAGCGACCUUGACAAGCGAGACCUAGCAGUAACCGAGGCAGUUGAGCUCAUCUGCCAGUUGGAAUCAAAGAUUGACAUGCUGGAGAAUGGCGGCAGAAGCUCAAGGAUGAAUAUGUCACGACCAACCACUGCGGAUGGCUCUGGAGUUUCCACGCCCAAGGCCCGGGCUAUGAUAGACAUCCCAGAGAGAACCUCAUCGAAACGAAACUCAAGUAUGAUCACCCUUCCGAGACGAGAUACUUCAUCUGAAAUGCGGAAACUUUCGAAAGCGCCGUCAUUCCUUCGAGGAGAGAACAAGAGCACGGCGACUCUACGAAGCCUUUAUGAACCCGAAGAAAACCAAUCGCAUUCUGUCUUGAGUCAGCUUACCAAGUCAGAGAGCUUCAAUACGAUGAGCGAACAUGAGCCCGAAUCACCCAGGUUGAGUGUUCUCAGUGAAUGCAGUGAGCUGGAUCCCUUUGGCACGCCAACACAAUGGAACCACCUUGAUCAGAUUAAGAUCCCAGUUCGGAAAGCAUCUUCAACCACAGGCAGUCUCGAUAGCUAUGUCGCCCCUGCAGAUCAGGAAGAAAGUAAAGAGGACCAGAUUGAUCGCUGGAUGCAGUCAAGACAGGAUAUGCCACAGACUAUCAUCACGAGGCGCAGGAAUAGGGCAUCAUCAGAUGCCUCCCAGGCCGCUCUCCCUAACCUGAAGGCAGAUCUAUACUCCCAGAAGCCCCGCGGACGUGGACGAUUGGAUGCAUCGCUCUUCGGGGGCGUCAGACUUCCUCCUACACCCGACACCAUGAGCACGGCAUAUGCUAUCGGCACAAACCGCUCAAACGGCAGCAUUGCAGCUCGACGGAGCCCAGUUGAGCAUGACAUGUACUUCCCAGGUAGACGGCUGGACCGUCCACGCUCGGCAGAUGAAGUGACUACAAGUCGCCCAAGCUUCGAUGGAAGUGCAGUCAGCGACAGCAUGCAGACCAAUUGCAAUGAUACCCCACGCCCUAGUCAAAUUACCCUUGAAUCACCCACUAUCCUGCCCGCCUUCAACACCGUCUCUUCCAAAGCUAGCGAGCUCCUUGGCCCUGGAAGUCCUAACAAUCCUGUCAUUGAAAGCUUCGCAAGUCUACACCAAAGCACCUCCAAGCAAGCAUCAACACCCACUAUCAAACGCGUCCGCAGCCCAGUCAAAGCCAUGACCCCAGAACCCCAGUCAAAAGACGAAGCAUCACCACCGCUGACCCCUCAAGACUGGAUGGCAGCCGCAAAGCAAGGCCCACGCUCGCAGAAAGGAAAGUCCCGCGAAACAGGACUCGAAAUCGAAGAUACACAGCUCCGCCCCGGCAGAACCCUACUCCAACCGGCCUUCCACGACGCCAGCAGCAUAGUCUCGGCCCUGAGCAGCGAGCCCGACGUCCCAGGUAUCCCAACACUAGACAUGAACACCCUGGACAUCCUCGAACAGCCCCUGGACCACCCACAAGCAGAAUCAAACCCAGAACCCGAAGCCCGUCGCCGCCUAAGCUUCCGCCCGCCAUUCUUCAGCCGCUCAAGCAACGGCCCACGGACCCUGGCAGCAUCUCCAAUCCCGAAUGACUUUGACGAAGAUGACGAGGACGGAGCUCCGUCACCCAUAAUCCCCAAAACAAGGACUAUGGGUGGUGCAGCGCGUAGACCGAUGUCUCAAAUCUUCACUGAUUCAACUGGUCUUUAUAAUGAUCAGCCCUUGCCUCUGCCUCUGCCAAGAGAGGCUUCCUAUCAAACCCAGCCUCAACCUCAUCAUUAUUUUCAAGCCCAAACUCAAACAUAUCGCUCAACAAACCUCCCAUCCUCCCUCACAGACCCAUCCCUGAAAGACCACCAGACCUCGGCAACAAUCUCCGGCCGCCCAUCUACAUCCCACGGUCUGGGCUUAGGCACAGAGCACAAACGCCGCAGUUCGCUAGGUAUCUUUGGCUGGAUGAAAGGGAAAGCCCUCUCCAGUUCUACGGACAAGGAAAAAUCAACUGAUAAAUCAGCUGAAUCACGCACGCUGUCAAGAUUGGCGUAUGAGCAUGGUGAUGGAGAUGUUGCUAGAAUGUCUCGUGCUAUGACGCCUGAUUCUUUCGAUGUGCAAACUGCUGUCAGGGGGCAUUUUGAGAUGGAAGGGCAGGAGGAGGGUGGAAGGAGGCCAAGAUAUAUGGGACGGAGGGCGAGGAGGGGGUAG